GAAAAAAGGUAGGAGUUUGAAUUAAUCUCUCAUAAGGUAUAGAAGGUUUGUCACAACAGAGCAGACUGGAGGACUGUCCAAGGGAAAUAUUUUUUGAUCAGUGUAAACCUGCAGCUCACAAAGCCAGAGAGAAAUCACCAGGAGUCUGAAGGUGACUGAACUCUGAAAAGAAGAUGGAUGCAGUUCCUCGACCAGAGAUGUUUGAUUUUCAUGGAAUCUCAAUGAUCCCAUCUUUCACAAAGAACUGGGAGAACAUCCAAAACUUUCAGGCCAGACCAGACGAUAUCCUAAUCGCCACAUAUCCUAAAGCAGGCACUACAUGGGUUUCCAACAUCCUUGAUUUACUUUACUUUGGUCAGAGAGAGAAACCCAUCCCGUUACAUGACAGAGUGCCUUUCAUGGAGAUGUGUAACCCAGUGAUGGGCUCAGGAACAGAUUUGGCGGACAAGCUGCCCACCUCCCCUCGACUCAUUAAAACUCAUCUUCCUGUCCAGUUUGUGCCAAAGUCAUUUUGGGAGCAAAAAUCCAGGAUCAUCUACAUUGCCCGAAAUGCAAAAGACAAUGUUGUGUCUUACUUCCACUUUGGUCGCAUGAACAAGGGUCAGCCAGAGCCUGGAGAUUGGAACAGCUACCUUGAAAGAUUCAAGCAAGGAAAGAUGGUGUUUGGAUCCUGGUACGAUCAUGUCAACAACUGGUGGAAGAAGAAACAGACUUACUCAAAUCUGCACUACAUGUUCUUUGAAGACAUGGUUGAGGACACCGGACGAGAAAUAGACAAACUCUGCUCCUUUCUUGGUUUGACUCCUUCAGUCGAGGAAAAGACGAGAAUUGUAGGAGAAGUUCAUUUUGACAAAAUGAAGGAGAAUGAGAUGACUAACUACUCAACAAUCCCUGUUUUUGAUUUCAAAAUUUCUCCCUUCAUGAGAAAAGGAAAAGUCAGUGACUGGAAGAACCACUUCACUGUGGCUCAGAAUGAAGAGUUUGAUGAAGACUACAAGACAAAGAUGAAGGAUCCCACUCUCCAAUUUCGGACUGAAAUUUGAAUGAUGAAAGUUGAAUGCAUGAGGCACUUCUGAGUGGAGAGAUGCAGAUCGCAUGCUCUAGAGCAGGCUAGCUACAUGGAAAAAAAUCUUCAUGGUAACUUGUGUCAAAACACAUCUCACUUUCCCCUAUCCUACUUUUGUGAUCCAUUUGAUUAUGGAUAUUGUAAAUCAAGAUUAACCAAUAUACUCAGGUUACUCUCUUGUCUUGGUUUUAUCCCACAAGAGGUGCGAUCUGUUUUGACAUAAGUAACUAUGGAAAUUUAUUCUGUGGAGCAAGCUUGCUCCAUCGCUGACUAAGUACCAAGAUUUAUUCAAUCUCAUCCCUUUUUUCAGUCAGAAGUCACUACAAAUGGAAACCAGUAUUUAUUCCACUACCCACUAAACAUUAUCACAUUCAGUAAGACUCACUGUCAGUAUUUAAACAUUUGUGAUCGGUCAUUUCAAUCAUUUUAGAUAAAUUAUGAUUUUUGAUUAUUUUGAAAUUAUUUGAUAAGAGUUGUCAUAGACUUCCAUAUAAGUUAAAAUAAUUACCAGAGAGCAACAUGAUGUUCCUUUAAUAAAUCGGAAUAAGUUAGAUCAAAUAAACUAUCAGCUUUCACAAUUGAAGGUACACAGUCAUGUCCCCUGAUGGAUGUGGGGGAUCAGGUGUUAUAUCGGGUUUGUCUGAUAUCCAACAUUACAGAACUGAAAUAUCCGGCAUAUCUGAUUCACACUUCUUUUGGUAUUCAGGUCAUUUCUCAGAACAUGAUUGUGGGUAUUAAUCAUCAACAAAUGUAGUCAAACAGCAUUCUGUUUUUUACUUAAGAACUUAAAGUACAUGAAAAAUAAAACAUAAAAUAAAUAUGAAGAAAUUUUACAUGUAUUGAGAGAUUUUAUAUUAAAAUUUGAUAAAGAAAAAGAGAGGAAAAGGGGGUUUUCUUUGGUUAUAUUGAGAGAUAAGAGGAUAAAGUUUUUGUUCUUGGACAUUUCUAUUUGUAUUUUAUUCCUAUAGAUUUACUUUGAAGCCUCAUCAGAACUCAUUUCCAUAGUCUGUCCGUUGUCUCACAACCUUAGAACCAGGAAUCAGUGUUCUGUUAAUUCAUGACCUCAUCCGCAAGAUGAAGCCCUCCACCUGUCACCUGGAUCUACUUCCCUCAUCCCUGAUCAAAUCCCAUGUUUCCACACUGAGCCCCCUAAUCACAAGUAUCAUCAAUCACUCCCUGCAAUACGGUCACAUGCCACAAUCAUUAAAAACUGCAAUAAUUAAACCUCUUCUAAAAAAAACCUUCCCUUGACCCUGAAAAAACAUCUAAUUACCGGCCCAUUUCCAAUCUUCCCUUCCUGUCAAAAAUCAUUGAAAAGGUAGUCUCCACACAAAUUCACACACACCUCCAGUCCUCCCAUUUGUACGACAAAUUCCAAUUCGGUUUCCGUUCAGCUCACAGCACUGAGACAGCUCUGGUCAGGGUCACCAAUGAUUUGCUGGUGGCCUCUGACCAGGGCUCUCCAUCACUCCUGUUACUCUGGAACCUCUCAGCUGCCUUCGACACUGUUGACCACUCCAUCCUCCUCCAUAGACUCCAGCAUUUCAUUGGUCUUUCAGAUACAGCGCUCCAGUGGUUCCGGUCCUACCUGACUGGUAGGGCUGAGUAUGUGGCCCUUGGGGAAGCCAGGUCGAGGUCCCACGCUGUCACCUGUGGGGUUCCCCCAGGGUCAGUGCUGGGGCCCAGCCUGUUCUCCAUCUACAUGCUCCCUUUGGGCCACAUCAUCAGCAAGCAUGGAGUCUCCUACCAUUGCUAUGCUGAUGAUACUCAGCUCUAUGUCAGGCUGGACCGGACCUCCUCCCUCUCUAUUCAAUCAUUCACCGCCUGCCUGGAGGAGACAAAAGCAUGGAUGAAUGACAAUUUUCUCCAGCUCAACAGCUCCAAAACUGAAUUUCUGUUAAUUGGAACCCCAUACCAACUUAAGUCCUCCCCUUUCACAGUCCUAUCAUUUGCCGGCCACAAAAUCUACCCAACAGCUGCCGUUACCAACUUGGGUGUCCGCUUUGACCCCACCCUCUCCUUUGACCUCCAUGUCCAACACAUCUGUAAGACUUCAUUUUUUCACCUCCGGAACAUUUCCAAACUACGCCCCUUCCUCUUCCUCCCGUUGCUGAGAAGCUGGUCCAUGCUUUUUUCUCCUCCAGGCUGGACUACUGCAAUGCACUCCUCAUCAGGAUCUCUGGAAGAAGCCUACAACGGCUUCAGUCAAUCCAGAACUGUGCUGUCAGGAUCCUGAUCCGGGUGCCAACAAGACACCAUAUCACCCCCAUUCUCCAUAACCUUCACUGGCUCCUGGUAAGGUUCAGGCUGGAAUACAAAAUCUGCCUCCUGACCCAUCAGUGUGUCUACAGUAGUGCACCAGUGUACCUAAAAGAACUUCUCUCCCCACACGACCCGACCAGACGUCUCCGCUCCGCCGACAUCAAUUUGCUGAAGGUCCCCAAAACCAAGCUGUGCCCUAUGGGGGACAGGGCUUUUCAGGCUGCAGCACCCCGACUGUGGAAUGCCCUGCCUGCCCACCUGAGGGCACCACAGCCGGUGGACUCAUUUAAAUCUCGUUUGAAAACGUUUUUGUUUAUGAAAGCUUUUGAAUGAUUUUACUUGUUCCCUAUUGUAUUUUAUGAUGUGUAAAAGUAUGAGUGUUUUAUUGAUUUAGCCUGUAUCUGUUAGUUUUAAUUUGUCAUUGUUGUUUUUAAACUCCACUGUAGCACUUUGAGAUUUGU